GCUUCGACUCUCUCUGGGUUGUGGCGUUAUUGUUGUCCACUUCACCAAGCGAGCGCACUCGAUGAUCGUGGCGGACGGACGAUCAGUUCGCUCAACAGCACCGCGCGUCCGGGACGAAGCGAGGACGAGGCUGCAUGGGCCGAAACGCCACCAUCACCACCAACACCACCACUGCAGCCAGCAGCACCAGCAGCGCGGAUUCGUAGUCUCUAUUCCCGGCUACCACGUGGGUGAUGCAGGUGGUCCCUCCACUUCUCCAAUGGAUCGACAGGGGACUGAAUUCAGGACACUAUCAUUAUAUUCUUCUUGUGUUUCUGGUCACAUAUGGAACACGAUAUCGCGAGGAUCACAUAUAUUAUCAUGAUUGUGUUCGUUUACAGGUGCGUCUAUGGCCGACGGCGAAAGACUUCCAGCAAAUUGCGGCCUGUCUCAGACUAUCGGGUGUUCGUGCAAGUUGUUGGCUGAGCCUUGCCAGUCCCUUUCGCACGGCGGCGAGCUCGGCUGGGCCUGCUCAACCACAAAGCAGCUUGACAUUUGGCCCUGCAUACCUCGCACUCGCUUUGCAAGAAUGCUCGUAUCCUUACCCGGUGGUUCAAAAAUCUCGGAGACGAGUGACCGGCAGCCACUCGCGGAUCCAGAUAUUAUGUCAACCAGCGUUCGACAUGCCUCCUUCCCACUUCCACAGAUCCAGGCUGCUUUCGAGCUCAGGUCCACUCUUCUCGUCGACCACAGCGGGUCGCAGACGGUGGAUGUGGAUCCUUCACGGGUGUGGACAAUAUGCAUAGGUCGGAGAGGGUGGAGUUCAGAGGGUCUCGUUAUCCCGAAAUGCCCCGAACCACACAUGGUCGUCGCUUUCGAAAGAUCCAGCCCAUGGACUGAAAUCA